AUGAUCAACACCUCCACCACCAACUCAAGCGCUCCGCCUCCUUACCCGGCCGCGCAGUCCCGGCCCUCCGACAUCUCGGCUCGCACCGCCAUCCUUUGCCUGUUAGCAGUUAUAAUUACACCAUUCGUAAUCUACACAUUCUUUGUUGCUAUGAAAUUCCCUUGGAAUCCUUUCCGGCGACCUAGCCGGAGAUCCGACGGAUCUACUGGGGAAGUGAGCUGCAACGUUAAGGAAUUCGAAUUGGUUUGCGGCGUGAGGAAACAGGCGCGUGCAAAAGAAACUGCCGGAAGCGAGUGCCCUGUGUGUUUAUCGGUUUUUGUCGAGGGAGAAGAGAUUAGGCAGUUGAAUUCCUGUACACACGCUUUUCAUGUUGAAUGUAUUGAUACGUGGCUUUAUUCGCAUUCAAAUUGUCCGGUGUGUCGCGUUUCUGUUUCGGUAAAGCGCUUUAAACGAGCUUCAAAUAUUGGUGGAGAUGAAGAUUGCCGGCAAGGUUUGCCGGAUGCUGGUAACCUGAUUUGA